CGAAGAGAAACAAAUGAGAUGAAUGGAAGGAUUCAGGGAUCAGUGCACAGCUAGUGCACAACUGCCAUGCAGAGGGAGCGUGGUAGGGUAUAUACAUAUAUGCAAGGCAGCGCCUAAAACAAAUAGCCGCACUCACAUCCAUGAAUUCAUCGCUCGUCGCUCUCAACUUCAUCGCUGCUAACCGAAACCUCUCGGUAACAGCACAAUAUCAUCUAUAUCUCCAGCGUAGAUGAACUGACGUUUGGCUUAACCAGGGGACCCACAUUCAAAUCUCUGUCACCAUCAGUCAUAUAGUGCACACAGGCAGCGGGAGACCUCACCUUUAAAUUCAUCCAAGGAAUACAUUGCCCGUACUCAACUACUUCAGGGUUUCGCUCACGGAGACACGACUAUGGCUUCUAUGUCAACGAAGGUAGCCACCACGAAAUCGAAUCUGACUCCAUCAAUGACUUUGAAGGGUCAUGGAAGCUGUAUUUAUUCCUUAUCCUACUUUCCGGACGGCCAGCGAAUGAUCAGCGGAUCGUAUGAUAAGACCACUCGACAAUGGGAUCUGAAGGUGGGUAAGGAGAUUGAGGAAGCGCGGGAUGUUUUUGAGAAGAACGUGUAUGCGGUGGCAGUAUCAAGGAAUGGUCGAUGGAUUGUCACCGGUGGUGGAGAGCUGAAAGCCUGUGAAGUUGAGACGGGGAUUAUGAAAACAUUCGAAGGACACUCACGGGAAAUCAUCUGCAUUGAUAUCUCUGCGGGCAACACCCUGCUGGCGAGCAAGUCGAUCGAUGAAACAGCGCGGAUAUGGAACUUGGAGACUGGCAAACUUGUGGCUGGUAUAUUCAAGAGCAUUGGUGAAAUAGGCGCGGCGCGGCAGGCGCGGCAGGACCGCGUCAAAAUAGCUACGCCCGCAGUCAAGUCAGGUUUUGGGACGUGCCUUGAAGUCUGGGAUGUCCAAUCACAGAAAUUGGAUGUCAGGAUAGGGACACCCAGUGACGGAGGAAUCGCAUUAUCGCUAGUUUUCUGGACAAACAAAAACAAAACCAUCAUAGCCGCAUUUGAAUUCAGUUUCACCGAUCAGGAUGACGACGCCAAGACAAUCUAUGAGUUUGACGCGGUGACGCUGGGGACUGUCGGAGCUCCCUUUGAAGGGCACACCAAGUCCGUUGGUGGUCUAGCACUUUCAUUUGAUGAUGCUCUCCUUGCCAGUGCUUCCGACGAUCUCACCAUCAAGCUCUGGGCUUUCGAGUCGCGACAGCUCCUUGCCUCUUUCGACGUUCAGAAUGCCUUUCCCCUUAUCCUCUCAUCCGAUUCACGCCAACUAGUUUACACCAAAGACGACAACAAGAUCUGCAUCUGUGAUACUCCACCCAACAUCCUUGCUCAGGCCCGUCUCAUUGCACGCAAAAAGUCAACCAUUGAUCAUCUACUGCAUUCUGAUGCAACUCGUCGUCCUCCUGCUGGGCACCGCCGACCACCGAUAUUCGCCAUACCUAUAGCGUUGAGACCUCUGCCUACAAGAGACCCGCAACAAUCUACUUUCCUUCGCCUCAGUGAAUUCCUUCGCUUCUCUCCUCGCGCGAACGCAGUCCCUGUUCGUCACAUCCAACCUCGUGAUCCUCUAGAUGUCCCUGCUACGUUGCCCCUACCAUCCUCUCUCUCAAGUCAGGCAGCAACCCGAUUUGAUUAUUUCGAGAUAAGUUCUCCGCCUCCCCGCUCGAACGGAGUCGUGCAAUCCCUACAGCAGCAUUUUUCUUUCCUUGUGCCCAAACACAGCCAUGGGCCACCAGUCGUUGAAGUCGCACCAGACCGCAAAGUCACUCGGCUUCUUGCUGCCAGUACUUCUCAGUGCCUUUUUGUUGAUCUGUGUGCCCUGCAGCGGCUUCUUGCUGCCAAAUUGCCAGAAUACAAUAAAGUCGACGAUACCCGACAUCCCUCUAGCCAACAGGCCACCGUGCCGCAAGAAAACAACACAGCUGACAUCGAUUCGCUCCCAGACGUGCAUUGGGUCAAGGCGUUCCUCUGCUAUUAUUCGUGUUUGUCUCAUGGCAGACUGAGGAUGCCUCCUCGAUGGCGCUUGGAACGCGUUGACAUACCUCGCCAGGAUGGUGCAGCAAGUAGCAGCCGUGGUGGUACUCAUGAUUGCAGUUAACUUCGUAUGCACUCGUCCACAUUUGUUGUAUGAUGUAUGCUCCGUAACUGAUGUUUUAAC